GCAUGGCAUUGCCUCUAGUACAGUCAUCUGGUGACCUAGAAAAGAAAUUCAGACACUUGCUGGCACAUAGAACCAUAGAACCAAAUGACUGCUGGACUAGAGGCUGUACAUGCCAGGCUGGGCCUGAGGAGUUCUCUGUAUAAACAGCAAUCUAUGCCAGAGGACCAGAGCACAGUGCCAGCCAUUUUUCCGCUCGCACCUGUGCAGUGUGAUAAAGAAAGGAGAAUCUGUCUGCAGCUGCAGUUCAACCAGAUAAAACUUUAGGCGGGAAGUCAAGUGACAAGUGAACUUCUGUGUGGGUGGUGGUGGCUUUUUUUUUUUUUUUAAGUGUUGUUUUUGAUAUUUUUACAAAAGCUUUUAGGCUGCUUGUAGAAGUCAGAGCAAAUACCAGGAAGGUAUUGCAGCAAGAUGGACUUGGGAAAGGACCAAUCUCAUCCAAAGCUACAGCAGACAUCAGACCCUCAUCCAAAAAAGGCCUCUGCUCCAGGUAAUGAAAGAGACGAAAUCAUUGGGUCUUGGAGUUUGCGAAACAGAGAGCAACUCAGGAAAAGAAAAGCUGAAGCACAAGAGAAGCAGACCUCACAAUGGAUCUUUCGAGAAGAGAAAAAACGCAAAUGGCAGAGGACAGGAAAAGGAAAUCAAAGAGGCCGAAAGAAAAAACAAAAUGCAGAACCGAUGGUGAAGCCUCCAUCACAAACAGCAAAGGGAGUGAUGGAGAAAGAACUGGCACCCACGGGGAAAGAAAUGGAGCCACCUAGGAGUGUAACCGAAGCCCACUCUUCCAUAGCCUUCCCCCAACACUCUUCUGAAAUACACCAAGAAAGCAUUUCCCACCAGGAAAAUUCUUCUGAGUACCAAGAAAUAGUGGUUCAAAGCCACUACUCUGAAACAUGCCAGCAUCUGGCUGAACCAGAAGAUCUCUCUCCUAAAAUAUGCCUAGAAGUAGCUGAACACCAAGAUGAUCCUUCUGAAAUGUGCCAGGACAUGGCUCAACCCGAAGCCCUCUUGCCUGAUAUGUGCCAGGAAGCAUCUGAGGCCCAAGACCAUUCUUCCAACGUAUGCCAAGAUAUGGCUCAAUCUGAAGUUCUCUCUCCUAAAACAAGCCAGGAAAUGGCUGUGGUUCAAUAUCAUCCUUUGAAAAUGUAUCAAGAUAUGGUAGAACCGGAAGUCUCCUCAACUAAAGUGUGCCAAGAAGUGGCUGUUCCCAAAGCUCUUCCCUUUACAUCCGAAGACGUAGCCGGCCCAACAGGAUGCUCUCCUGAAGCAUCUCCCAAACUGGAGGAGCCUAAAGGCUACGCUGAUGACACAACUCAACGAACAGCCGGACCAGAGGAACUCAUUUUUGAACCAGACCAAGGAACAAUUGAGACCAAAGAAGUAACUGUGCCUAAAAACCAUUCUAUAAAAACCUAUCAAGAAAUAGUUAAACCUGAAUACUUUUCUCAUGAGGCAUAUGAAGAAACACCUGAGCCUGAAGACUAUUCACCUGAAAUAUACCAAGGGCCUGAAGAUCUCUCUACUAAGGCAUACAAGAAUAGAGAUGUGCCUAAAGAAUGCCUUCCAGAACCAUACCAAGAAGAGAGUGGGUCCCAAGGCCAGAAUCCUAAAGCUCAAGAGGAAGAUGCUAAGAAAGUCUACACUUUUCCUCCAGAAGUGAAUGAAAAAGCCAAAGCAGAAGAACCGGAAAUAUCAGCAAUUCCACAUUCCCCUCAAGAGAUUCGACAAGAAAAUGAUGUCUACAGUUAUGUUUUGUUUUAGCAAUGUUCAAGCAUAAAGUUGCAGACCAACGAAA